UACACGAAUAAACAUUGAAAUCCUAAUCCUUGGUCUUGGAGAGAAAAGGAGGCAAUAUGAAUGGUGCACGAAGUUCAGCCGAAAAGAACAGACUUCUGCACUAUCAGCAGCAAAGGACGACGAAGAAAACGCCGACGAUUUCGAACGUUCUAGUAUUUCUGAUGCUAUGUAAUAGUCAUUGGCCGGCUUCCUUCAGAAAUUUCCCCAAAUCUCUAUUGACAUAUUAUUUUAUCUUGUUUAACAUUCAGUGAACGACAAAGUAAUAUUUCCUGAAUGAAUUCCCGCGUUUUUGUCGGGUAUUCUUCGUCUUGAAUCGGAUUUCUGAGUCAUUAAAUCGUGCAACAAGUUGUGGUAUUCUAUAGUAUAUCUAUAUUAUAUAUUCGAAAAGAAAGAAGAAAUAUUCUUGCAGAAAUAAGUACUGUAAGAGAAGAUCCUUAGCUUAAAUCAGAGGAAGGAAGGAAGACGAAUUGAUUGAUUGAAUUGAUUGACAAGGAAUUUUUCGACGGAAACUUGAAAAAUGGCGAAAAGCAUGAAUUCCUUGAUGGAUGGUUUUAAGAUUGGGGAUUUGAUGAAUAAAGAUGGAAUGAUGUUUGAAAUUGGAAGUGAUGAUGUUAAUAACAAUGAGGAGGAUGAAGAAUUUUCAUAUUCUUCACAUGUACAAUUUAGUAAUGAAGAGAUGUUAAAUAUGUUAAACAUGAAUGAUUUUGAAGAUGAAGAGGAGGAUGAGAAAGAAACUGUAUCACUCUGUGGUAUAAGCUUUUCAAAGCUGAAAACAAAGAUGACGAGCUUAAUUCCAAAUGGAAAAGUCAUGAAAUAUGUUAAACAGAAAGGUACUGGAGAACUUAUACCAAAUAAUGCUCAAGCGAUUAUCCAUUAUAUUGGAUAUUUUGAAUACAGAGAUGAGCCUUUUGAUUCUACUUACUCUGUUGGGAAACCAAGAUCAUUGCGUUUAGGCCAGAGUUUUAUUAUACCUGGUUUAGAAAUUGGUGUACGUUCUAUGCAAAAGCAUGAAAUAGCAGUAUUUUUGAUACAUCCUGAUUAUGCUUACAAGGCUGUUGGUUGUCCACCACGUAUUCCACCUAAUGAAGAAGUGGUCUUUGUUGUUCAUUUAGUUGAUUAUAUUGAUGAUGGCUGUGCGCAAACAUAUCAAAAUCUUACCGACGAGGAGAAACAAUUAUUUAAAUAUGUGGUACAGCCUGUGAAACAUAUGUUUGUGACUGCCAAAGGUUAUUGUACAAAAUUUAACUACAAACAGGCGAUACGAGAAUAUAGAAAAAUUACUGAUUGUUUGGAAUCAGUCAAGUUAAAUGAUGAUUUAGAAGAAAAAGAAAUGAAUGAAUUACUCUCACGAGCUUAUACCAACCUUGGAGUUUGUCAUAACAAGGAAAACAUGCCUACUAAAGCUUGCUUAGCUUUAAGGAAAGUUGCAAAACCAACAGCUAAAAGCUAUUAUCAGUAUGGAAAAGCUUUGCUGAGUAUUGGAGAAUAUAAUGAAGCAAUGAACGAGUUCCAGAAAGCUUGGGUGUUAGAACCGCACAAUGAUUCUAUUAAAAAAGCAAUUCGGACAACAAAUUUGAAACAGCGUGAGUAUCUGGAAAUAGAGAAACGCUUGUGGAAAAAUUGCUUCAGAUCCAAGGAAGAACAAAUAAAAGUUAAUGAAUUUCGAAAAGCCGCUCGCGAUUUGUGUGAAAAAUUUAUCAAUAAUAAUGAUGUAGUGAGACAAAAUCUCUCGGAGGGUUUUACAAAAGAAGAAUAUGAAAUUAUACGUGAGGAAGCAGCUAUAUUAGGAUUAAAUGUUGUUACGUCUAUUAGAUAUGGCAAAGAAACUGUAUUUCUUCAAAAAAGCAGAUCAUAA